GGAUAACUAUCGCUUAGAAUGUUCGGAUAUUAUCCAGGGGCUAGGUGGGUUGGACGACAAAUCCUUUCUCCCCUAUAACCCUUUCGGCUCUACGUUGUCAUGUCUUAGCUUUAAUUGCCCGGUAAGGACUCCCUGAAGACGUUGAAACAAACGCGGGUCCUUCCGCACGGCAACGCUUCUUUGCCUGAAAGACACCCACCCCGGCCGCAUCAAGCCAUCGAGCUCGUAAGAUGGGCUAUCGCGUUUCAUGAUCUCCACCAACGGGCGGCAGGUGGGCAGCAGCGGGCUUGAUGUCCAGGAGAGAAAAUCCACGUGGGAAAUGGGGUGUCAAGAUAAAUAUGUCUUCGCCACCAGUUCAGACUGCUUCUGCUAGAGUUUCACUCUCGUCAGCCAGUUUCGUUCUUUGAAUUCACGUUCGUUUCUCUCUGUACAUAACCUAGUCCUUCGUUUCGUCCUUCAACAUGCGCUUCAUCGCCACUGCUGGUUUGGUGGCUUGCGCCGCGUCGACCGUGGCCGCCCAUACGCCCUCCUCGUCGUCCUCCUCCGACCUUGAUCCGUCUGUCUGGCAGAAGCUCUCAGCUGCCAGCCAUCGACCGUCGUUUAUGCGUCGCUAUGCCAGGAACCGCCCUGUGAAGAGACAGUCGGGAUGGAACCCGCCUUCCGAGCUGACAACUCCCUUGAAGGAGGUCUGGGAUCAUUGCUUGGAGACGUACAGCGACGGGAAUCUCUAUGGCUUCAAGAACUAUGGUUGGGACCAAAUCAUGGCCACCAAUGGGACCAUCAGUAUGUGUGUCCGAUGGGAUUCGACCUCGUCCGUCACAGCGGCCCAGCGCACCACCAUCGCCACGGUCCUCAACGUGCAGUAUCAAAAGUGGUUCCAGUGGCUGUACGGCUACGACAACUUCCCCUUCUCCAACGUCGCCGUCAACGUCGUCGGCUGGGCCGUCCGAGACAACAACCUGCUCGAGGGUGACACGAGCGGCAUCGACGUCUACACCGGCACGGACGACGCCGGCGUCCCCCAGUGCGCGCCAGCUUGCGGCCGCUACUUCAACCAGGACGGCGACUACAGCGGCUGCCCCAGCGGCGCUGAUCGGCAUUAUGACCAAUCGCUGUGGCUCACCGACGGCCUGAGCGGCGGUUUUGGUGGCGACUGGGGCCAGCAAGUCGGCAAGGAGUAUUUUCUUGAAGCAUUGAGCUCGGAGAACAUUCAUAUCCUACUGCAUGAAAUGGGACACACGUUUGGCUUGGAUGAUUAUUGGACCCCGACCGGAGUGACGAACUUCAUCAUGCUCGCAGGUUCCUCGACCGAAAUCACUGAGUUCGACGGCUGGAUGAUGCGCAACUGGUGGUAUGAACUCUCCCGCAACAGAGGUUGGCAGUCGAGCAGUCGGUCUGGCAGCAGCAGCCCGUCGACGACUACUUCUCCGGUUCCUGCUGCUACCUCAUCGGCACCUCAUUUCAGCGGUGAGAAAAGCUCUGAAGACACCAAGUUCUCGACAACCACGACCAACCCCGCAACUGCUACCGCAUCGUCGGCUUCGCAGCAAAGUACGCCCCUCGUAAGCACUUCGACCGCCCCUGUCUCAUCGGAGACUGCCACGCAGGCUGCUCCGGUUGUCACAAGUGCAGCGCCUGCUACCACAUCGUGGAUUCCUCAGCAGGGAAGUCCGUUUGGGGGAUCGUGCAGGGGCCGACAAGGAAGAAGAAGGAGAGCUUGA